AUGACCUCAACAUCAGAAUGGCGUAGACAAGAUUUGGUGAACGUCCGAGGAGUUCCCAUGUUCUGUCCUUUUGCCCAAAAUUUAGAAGAGAUUACUGAUCAUUUCCAGGCCAGAGAAGAUGAUAUUGUCAUAGCCACCUACCCAAAAUCAGGUACAACCUGGAUGAGUGAGAUUGUGGAUCUUGUCCUCAAUGAUGGAGACAUCGAGAAGAGCCGAAGGGAUGCCAUUUUCCAAAAGGUUCCGAUGCUGGAGUUCCGUGUCCCGGGGGAGGUACCACCAGGGAGUGAAAUAUUGGAAUCGGUGGCCUCCCCGAGAGUGAUCAAGACUCACCUACCUUUACCGCUCUUCCCACAAUCAUUGUUGGAUGAGAACGUUCGGAUAAUCUACGUAGCGAGGAACCCAAAGACGUGGUCGUGUCCUACUUUCAUUUCGAUAAGAUGAACCAGCUGCAUCCAGACCCGGGAUCCUGGGAGGAGUACCUAGAGAGGUUCAUCCAAGGAAACGUCGGUUUCGGCCCCUGGGGAGCUCAUGUAAGGGACUGGUGGAACCUGAAGGAGCAGAAGAACAUUCUGUACGUAUUCUACGAGGACAUGUUAGAAGAUCCAAGUCGUGAGAUCCAAAGAGUUGUCAGGUUUUUGGGGAAAGACUUCUCCGAAGAGGUUGUGGACAGGAUUUGUCAACAUACAUCUUUCAAGGCAAUGAAAAAGAAUCCCCUCACUAACUACACAGCCAUCUCCUCCACCAUCAUGGACCAUUCCAUCUCCCCGUUCAUGAGGAAAGGAAUCUGUGGUGAUUGGAAGAACCAUUUCACAGUGGCCCAGAGUGAGAGGCUGGAUGAGUAUUACCGGAGGGAGAUUUCCGGAACAGAACUGACCUUCCGCUUCUAG